GGUGGCGAGAGGUGGAGCAAGCCCCACGUGUCCACGUUGUCCUUGCACAGCCUCUUUGAGCUGCGGACGUGUCUACAGACGGGGACGGUGCUCCUGGACCUGGAUGGCUACUCUUUGCCCCAAAUCAUAGACGAUGUCAUUGAGAAGCAGAUCGAGGACGGCCUGCUCAAGCCGGAGCUGCGGGAGAAGAUCAGCUACGUGCUCCUCAGGAAGCACCGGCAUCAAACCAAGAAGCCAAUCCACCGGUCCUUGGCCGACAUUGGAAAAUCCGUCUCCUCCAACACGAGUGAGUCCUUGGGGUCCAACCUGGGCCUGGUCGCAUCCUUGAGUCUUCACAGCUCAACUAAACAGGUCCAGAUGAGCGCGAGCUACGGCCGCCUGCGUCACGCGCAGAGCCGGAGCAUGAACGACAUUUCGGACACGCCGAGCACCGACCAGCUGAAGAACAAGUUCAUCAAGAAGAUCCCCAAGGACGCAGAGGCCUCCAACGUGCUGGUGGGAGAGGUGGAGUUCUUGGAGAAGCCCUUCGUGGCUUUUGUGCGGCUCCUCCAGGCCACGAUGCUGGGAGGGGUGACCGAGGUGCCAGUCCCCACCAGGUUCCUCUUUAUUCUCCUUGGUCCCGCGGGAAAAGCCAAAUCCUACAACGAGAUCGGCAGAGCCAUCGCGACGCUCAUGGUGGAUGAUCUCUUCAGUGACAUUGCCUACAAAGCCCGGGACAGAGAAGACCUGAUUGCCGGCAUAGAUGAGUUUUUGGAUGAAGUUAUAGUCCUGCCGCCCGGCGAGUGGGACCCCAACAUUAGGAUUGAGCCACCCAAAAAAGUGCCCUCGGCUGAGAAGAGGAAAUCGGUUUUCUCGCUGAAUGAAGUGGGGCAGAUGAACGGUGCGGCCGGCGGGGCGGGUGCUGGGGGCGGCGGCGGAGGCAGCGAUGAUGGGGAGAUGCCUGAAGCUCACGAAAUCGGGGAGGAGCUCGCGUGGACCGGCAGGUUUUGUGGUGGCCUCUAUUUGGAUAUCAAGAGGAAGCUGCCCUGGUUCCCCAGUGACUUCUAUGAAGGCUUUCAUAUCCAGUCCAUCUCUGCCAUCUUGUUCAUCUACCUGGGCUGCAUCACCAACGCCAUCACCUUUGGGGGCUUGCUUGGGGACGCUACGGACAACUACCAGGGCGUCAUGGAGAGCUUCCUCGGCACGGCCAUGGCGGGCUCCAUGUUUUGCCUCUUCGCCGGGCAGCCCCUCAUCAUCCUCAGCAGCACCGGCCCCAUCCUCAUCUUCGAGAAGCUGCUCUUUGACUUCAGCAAAGGCAACGGCAUCGACUACAUGGAGUUUCGCCUCUGGAUCGGCCUGCACUCUGCCCUACAGUGCCUUAUCCUGGUGGCCACCGACGCCAGCUUCAUUAUAAAGUACAUCACCCGCUUCACGGAGGAAGGCUUCUCCACCCUCAUCAGCUUCAUCUUCAUCUACGAUGCCAUCAAGAAGAUGAUCGGCGCUUUCAAGUACUACCCCAUCAAUUCGGACUUCAAGCCGGACUACGUCACCAUGUACAAGUGCGAGUGCAUCGCUCCCGACCCAG